AUCAAUAACAUGCUUAGUUAUUUCCUGGUAAUUUAACAUGUUUUACUCAGCAGAGGGAAGACAUAAGAAAAAAUAUUGAAAGAGAACUACCAACUUUAUUUAGAAUCAAAAGAAGAAAAAAUAACAUGAUUCAUCAUGAUCUUACUGUUUUCAAAUCCAUUAAAUUCUUCCUUCUUUUCUGUGCCCUCUCUUUUCUUUCAUUUGUCGCCUUUGCAGAUCCUCCAUAUGAAACUUGUUCCACAAGAAACAUCUCUACAAAUCGAAGUUCUUUCGAGAACAAUCUAAGCAGCCUCCUUCUCUCUUUACCCUCUAAUGUUUCAGCAUCAAUCUCCAAAUUUGGCAAUACUUCUUCAGGAAUUGGCCUAGAUAGAGUUUACGGUCUCUACAUGUGCCUCGACUUCGUUUCAAACGAAACUUGCCACAAAUGCGUAACAAACGCAAUAGAGGACAUUGUAAAACUCUGUCCUCAAUCAGAAGAAGCAGUUGUAUAUGAAGAAUUCUGUCAAUUACGUUAUUCAAAUAAAAAUUUCAUAGGCUCCUUGAAUGUUACCGGGAACAUUGGGAAAGAUAACGUACAGAAUAUUUCGGAACCUGAGAAAUAUGAGUCUGUUGUGAAUAAGAUAUUGAAUAAUCUUACUGAGAUAGCGUCUUUUAAUGUUUCCACGAACAUGUAUGCAACUGGAAAAGUAGCUUUUGAAGAUAAGACAGUAUAUGCUUUAGUGCAGUGUACAAGAGAUUUAUCAGCCAAUGAUUGCAGUAAGUGUCUGCAAAGUGCUAUUGGAGAUAUACCAGGUUGUUGUUAUGCCUCCAUUGGUGCACGAGUUUGGAGUCGUAGCUGUUAUUUAAGAUACGAGUUUUAUCCAUUUUAUCUUGGUGAAACAGAAUCCACUAGUUCUUCAACAAUUCAAGGAGGGAAAAAUAAAUCAAGCAAAAUAUGGAUAGUUGCUGCCAUUGCAGUUGGGGUAGUCUUGGUGAUAAUAAUCAUCAUUUGCUACUCAUGCUUUAUCAGAAAUCGGAAAAGAAAGAAUGGAAAGGGAAAUAUAUCUAAUGAUUUCCCUUUUAUUGAUAUUGGUUCUCUUUGUGUGGCUACCAAAAACUUCUCUGAUUCAAAUAAGCUCGGGCAAGGUGGAUUUGGUCCUGUUUAUAAGGGUAUACUUAGUGAUGGCAUGGAGGUGGCAAUCAAGAGGCUCUCAAUUUGUUCUGAGCAGGGUUCAGAAGAAUUCAUUAAUGAGGUUAUGCUGAUAUUGAAACUUCAACACAAAAAUCUUGUAAAGCUUCUGGGAUUUUGUGUUGAUGGAGAAGAAAAGCUUCUAGUUUAUGAAUAUUUGCCGAAUGGUAGCCUUGAUGUCGUCCUUUUUGAGCAAAGUGCACAUCUUGAUUGGACCAAACGAGUUGAUAUAAUAAAUGGAAUAGCAAGAGGCAUUCUCUAUCUUCAUGAAGAUUCUAGACUUCAAAUAAUACAUAGAGAUCUAAAAGCAAGUAACAUAUUGUUGGACAGUGACAUGAAUCCAAAGAUUUCAGACUUUGGUAUGGCAAGGAUAUUUGCAGGAAGUGAAGGUGAAGCUAACACGACCACAAUAGUUGGCACAUAUGGAUAUAUGGCUCCAGAGUAUGCGAUGGAGGGUCUAUAUUCCAUAAAAUCCGAUGUUUUCGGAUUUGGAGUACUAUUGCUUGAGAUCAUUACAGGUAAACGUAACGCAGGUUUCUGUUACUCCAAAAGCACUUCUAGUCUACUAGCAUAUGCAUGGCAUCUAUGGAAUAAUGGAAAUGGAUUGGAAUUAAGGGAUCCGUUGUUACUAUGUCCCGAUGACCAGUUUUUGAGAUACAUGAAUAUUGGACUAUUAUGUGUUCAAGAAGAUGCAUUUGAUAGACCAACCAUGUCUUCUGUUGUUUUGACGUUGAUGAAUGAAUCUGUAAUGCUUGGCCAACCUGAAAAACCUCCUUUCUCUGUAGGGAGACUCAAUGUUACUGAUCCAAAUUUCCUAGAUUUGGAAGAAUACUCGGUCAAUUUUUUAACUGUUUCUGAUAUCUUGCCCGUGUAAUGUAAAUCGAUGUAGUCUUUAGUACCGCGUCGUGUAGAUUAAGAAACACCAAUGUAACGUUCAUAACUUGCAAGCUGGGAAUUAGAAUAUACACAAUCAAUUAGUUGUUCUUUCUGUUUUACUAGUUAGUGUAGUAAGUUAGUUUGUUAUUAUCGUUGUGUAUUGAGUUAGUGCACGUCAGCGCGAUUGUAAAUGUUGUGUGACAUCAAUCAAACAAGUGAAACUCGUAACAUGUUUCAAAACAUCUCUAUCACAUUUCUUAUCCAAAUCCGAAGAUAGUUCAUUGCCAUUAUUUUUAUUUUUAACAUGCCAAAACGAUCUAUUGCGAGAAUACGAUUUCAUUGAAUUGAAUAGAUUCCUAUCAUUAUCUAUAAUCCUGAA